UGUUACCUUUUUCUCCCCAAAGAAAAUUUUCUUUCAUUGGAAAUCUAGAAUUUUCUCCCAUCCCAAACACUCAUCAUCUCUUCUCUCUCCUCUUAACUCUGAGUUCUCUCCUUCCAUAUAAUUUAUUUGAGAGGUUGUAUUUGGUGAGUAGAUAUCUGUUGUGGGCUUUAGAAAUUUCGUUUUCUUUCUUAUAAUCCCAAAUUUUCUUGCACUCCAAACACUGUUUUGUGUUGGGAAAUUAUUUUCACUUUCUUUUGGGAUUCUUGCAUUUUCUCACACCCCAAACACUGAUCUUCUCUUCUCUCUACUAAAAUAGUGCAAAUGAUGAGCUCUGAAAUAGAAUGCAGAAACCAUCCAGAUUGUGACAAUCAGCAAAUCACAAACUACUCCACCAAUAAUUCUCAACCUUGUAGGUUGCACGGCUGCGUUCACGGCGUCAAUAGCACCACUGCCUUUAUGCCGAAAGAAGAAAAAAGAAAUUGGGCUUGGCCCAAGCCCUUGGUUGACAGUCAACCAGAGCACAAAACAAGCACUAAGGAAUUGCAUAUAACUUUGUCCGGUGUAGGACCAACACUACCAUAUAAGAGUAGAGAUGUAUCCACUGUUCUUCCAUUCAUGAAUAAUGAACACUACCAUGCUUCUACUUCUCAAUCAGAGCUUCUUUCCCUUUCAAUGACAGCCAAUACGUCCUAUGCAUACCACGACCCGUCCUAUGGAGGACUGCUGUCUCCAUUUGGAUUUCAAACAAUGCAUAAUUCAGACUAUAGUAGAAUGGCUUUGCCUUUAGCGAUGGCAGAAGAACCUGUUUACGUGAAUGCCAAGCAGUACCAUGGAAUUCUACGUCGACGACAAUCCCGAGCCAAGGCCGAAGUCGAAAAUAAAAUAUCCAGAUCACAAAGAAAGCCAUAUCUUCAUGAAUCGAGACACCUGCACGCCAUGAGAAGGGAAAGGGGAUGCGGAGGGCGUUUCUUGAGCAAAAACAAGAAGGCAGAAGCUUCGUCUUUGUUGGAUGAUGAUGAUGGGGAAGGCAGCAACAUUAGUUUAGGCUCUGAAUCAAUGUGCAAUGGCAGCAAGUGUUAUCAAGGAUCCCAACUACAUUUAUCUGCAUAUAUAUGAACGGUUAGGUGUUCCGGCUUUGAAAAUAACUUGUCCUUCCGUUCCUUCAGCUACAUGGAAAGAUAAACACUAAAUUAGGACUAAAAAAUAUAUAUUUUCUAUUAUUUGAUCUUUUCAGUUUAAGAGUUUUUCUUUUUUCUU